AUGGAACCUCAAGACGAUAUAGAGAAUUUCGAAAGCUCCCGCCCUUCUGAAACCGCUGGCGAGCUGCAGAACAUCGAGCCCGAAGAAGAUGCCAUCAGCGCACCACUCGGCAUCGCUGAUAGGCUUCCCACCGACAGCGGAGAAGAGCAGAGCGCAGAAGGCGAUCGCUCUGGAGAGGAUUCCGAUGAUGAAGACCCUUUUGGCGACCUUGAGCGAGCCGUCGAGCUACCAAACAAUCUAGUUGCGGGUUACGAGGCUAUGAUGGCGAGACCACCGCGUGAGCCUAGGAAGCCCAAGGCCACGGGCGAUGACAGUGACGGGAGCGAGGAGAAGAAGGAGAAGAAGAAGAGGACGCCCAACACGGGUGUAAAGUCGACGCCUUGGACAGAUCGUGAAGAUCUGAUCCUUCUCAAGAUCUACCGCGAUUACGCGGGUAGAACUCACCUACAAAUGGCCGCACUCCACAACGCAAUCUACUGGCCACACGUCGCCCGCCCACAGCGCUCGGAGCACUCUGUCGUCCAGCAGAUCGGUAGGUUCACGAAGAUAAGCCAAAUCACCGGACCGCCAACACGCGAUCAUUCGCGCAUUCCAGCCCACAUCGCCGCUGUCGAGGCGAGACUGAAUGGCUUCCUCCUGCCCGCAGGCACUCCUCUCGUCUUCGUGCCCAAAGCUCGCGGCGCGGGAGGCACCAUGGCUCCCCAUGCUGGUGCUCAGGCUCCCGCGCAAGCCAUGGGCGAGGGUGAAGGUGUCGAGAGCGAGGAGGGUGGAGGGGAAAAUGACGCGGAGGGAUCAAGCAACAGAGGCGACCAUGGCAAUGAAGAAAAUACAGUGCUGUCAGGUCCGAAGUCGAUCAGCGAGAAGAAGAAGGCCGUUGAUGGAGCAAAGGCGACCACUCCCGCCGAGGAUGCUCCCAAACCCACCGGCCCCGAACGCCCUGGAAGCGCAGCGUACGCUGCUCUGGGAAUGAGGCCUGGCGAAGAUGCUUACCUGGACUUCCUCGUCGCUCGCCGCAAUCAGCAAGGAUACCAAGCAGUCUCUCCAAACUGGCGGGAUGCGGACGGUCUUCGACCUAUACCUCCUGCUCCCAGUCCCUUCGGCAGCACUUCGAACGCUGAUGAUCCUCCACCACUGAGUCCUUCGACCAAGCGUAAGGCUACCGACGAUGGCAACGAAGAUAUGAGUGCAGACGAUGUACAUGUGUCCAAGAAGGCGAAGAACCACAGUAACGAUGCUCCCACGAACGCUACGGCCACCGAGUCAACCUCGACCAGGAUCUCCGAAAACGUGGAGCCUACGGGCGUUGACCCAUCUUCCACUCCGACUACAAGCAAGAACGAUUAG